UUUGUUUUAUAGAGACAGGGGAAUGAAACUGCUCUCCUGAGGAUCUUUCUUCUACGAAAGAGCAGGACUUGUCUGAUAGGACAGUGUUUGGAGCAGGAUUUGUCUGAGAGGACAGUAUCUAGAACAGGAUUUGUCUGAGGGGACAGUGUCUGGAGCAGGGAUUUGUCUGAGAGGACCGUACUGGAGCAGGGAUUUGUCUGAGAGGACCGUACUGGAGCAGGAUUUGUCUGAGAGGACCGUACUGGAGCAGGGAUUUGUCUGAGAGGACCGUACUGGAGCAGGAUUUGUCUGAGAGGACAGUGUCUGGAGCAGGAUCUGUCUGAGAGGACAGUGUCUGGAGCAGGAUCUGUCUGAGAGGACAGUGUCUGGAGCAGGAUUUGUCUGAGAGGACAGUGUCUGGAGCAGGAUCUGUCUGAGAGGACAGUGUCUGGAGCAGGAUUUGUCUGAGAGGACAGUGUCUGGAGCAGGAUUUGUCUGAGAGGACAGUGUCUGGAGCAGGAUCUGUCUGAGAGGACCGUACUGGAGCAGGAUCUGUCUGGGAGGACCGUACUGGAGCAGGAUUUGUCUGAGAGGACCGUACUGGAGCAGGAUUUGUCUGAGAGGACCGUAUCUGGAGCAGGAUUUGCCUGAGAAGACCGUACUGGAGCAGGAUUUGUCUGAGAGGACCGUAUCUGGAGCAGGAUUUGCCUGAGAGGACCGUACUGGAGCAGGAUUUGUCUGAGAGGACCGUACUGGAGCAGGAUUUGUCUGAGAGGACCGUAUCUAACUGUUAUUCCAUAGUGUUUUAAGAAGCAGCAGGGUUUUAGUCAUGAAAGAUAUUGCUCUAUCGCUACUCAGUCGAGGCUGUGGUCAUGUUGUCCAGUCACAUCUGGGCAGUCAAGAUGGACGCCUGGAAGUCUACUUCGAACCUAAGGACUACUAUCAUUGGAAGUCUCAGCCCCCCCUACUCCGCUUAUCUAAGAGUGGCCGUCUGCUGGGCGGGGAGGAGCCAGCGCUCCCUAAAACGUACAGCACAAGACAGGGACCCCUCUUCCUAUACUACCAGGAAAUGGCCAUGAUGUCAUCGGUUCUGUCAUCAUGCCCCUCAGUGUCAGAGGACAUCAGGAAGAGGCAGGCCUCCCAACAUUCCAGACAGGAAGUGGAGCUCCAGCUGAACACUCUGCGGGACCUGACGGGAGCCAUACUGGCUUAUGGGAAAAAGCAGCUUCGUGAGGAAGGAGAAGGCGAAGACACCAACCAGCCUGUCCUCCCUCUCCCCUCCAGUCAUGAGACAUACUAUCCUCCCAUCAAGCCCUCCUACCCCAGACACCCCACCAAGGGUUGGACUCCCUUCAGGUCUACCUGGAACCGCCAGGCAGCUCCCACCCACCUGGAGCAGCUCACAGGUAACACACAGGACAGGCCAAAGAUGAUCCAGAGCUGUGUAGGGGCCAUGUCAAGACCCCACGCCCCACUCCAGCUACAGGUGGCCUUUACCUCCCCAGGCCUGGCCAGGCAGUCUCCCACAAUCCCUACAGGCAACCUCAAGUUCCUAUACCAGAGGUGA